AUUUGCAGACCACAUGACGCUGCACGGAAGUGACGCAGAGUGCUCAAAAGAGUUCAGCAAAGCAUCUAGGAACAAAACACCAGCUAGCUUAAAAAUCAGUUUCCACCAGAAGACCAACGGAGGGGGACUAAACCGACGGUCAGCACCGUUAACACAUCUGUGAGUAGACGACGAUAAUGAAUCCAGUGUACAGCCCUGGGUCAACAGGGGUCCCCUUUACCAACACUAAGGGUAUAGGAUACCCAGCUGGAUUUCCUGUCGGCUAUGCAACAGCUGCUCCAGCAUAUACUCCCAAUGUCUACGCAGGAGGAAACCCAGCCUUCCCCAGUGGCUAUGCUCCAGGCACUCCUUUCAAAAUGUCCUGCUCUCCCAACACGGGAAAUGUCUCACCGUACUCCUCCUCACCCAACCCCUACCCUGCUGCCGUUUACCCGGUCAGGAGCACCUACCCUCAACAGAACCCCUACGCACAGGCAUUAAUACCCUCACAACAACAAGGCACGUAUUACACACAGCCUCUGUAUGCUGCUCCGCCUCAUGUUAUCCAUCACACAACAGUGGUCCAGCCAAAUGGGAUGCCUGCAGCCAUGUAUGCCCCGCCCAUGCAUCCUCCUCGCCACAAUGGUGUCACCAUGGGGAUGGUAGCUGGCACCACCAUGGCCAUGUCAGCUGGAACUUUGUUGACAACUCCGUCACCAGCGCCUGUUGCCCCCCACCAAGUCACAAUGCCCACAUAUCGGCCUCCUACCACGCCCAGCUACAGCUAUGUGCCCUCACAGUGGUGAACAGAGGGAAGUGUCAGAAGAUGGUAGAUAUGCAUUCACACUCUACUCCAGUGUUUUUUGCUAUUGGUGAAGACCUGUGCUGCCAGUGUCUGCAACCAGUUACUCUUCUUCCAGCAUAAUGUGAAUCUAAAACCCAGCUACAUAGAAAGAGGCCCACUUGGAUAGGAAGGGGUAAAGAAUAGGCCCAUCCCCAUGACCCCUCUCAAUGGAAUAAGGCUGCAUUCCAUGUCACACCCCAGCGCCAGCACCUCUACAACCUGCUGCAUAUCUCAUGCAAACUUUUUUGUGGACUGUCAUGCGGGUUUUUAUAGCUUAAACUCUAAAGUGGUGAAAAGGGAGUUUGGAAUUCUUAUUUUAUUUUUAUUUUUAAUUUGGGGGAUACAUAUGAUGUUGAAUGCAUGUGUGUGUGUGUGUGUGUAUAUGUAUGUAUAUGUAUAUGUAUAUGUUAUAUAUAUAUAUAUAUAUAUAUAUAUAUAUAUAUAUACAUACAUACAUAGAUAUAUAUAGAUAUAUGAAGUAAUGCUAGCUCAAUCUACCUGCUGUGACAGAUGCAAAAUCAACAAAUGGCACACAUCCAAAGGAACUAAAAAAAUAAAAAAUAAAAAAAAAGUAAUAAUCUGCAAUGCUGAAUCACCUGUCUUACAUGAGAAAGAAGAAAAGACAACAAACGUUUGUUCAUGCAAAAACAUACCUGCACAAACAAGUGCAGAACAAACUGUACUAUUUUCACUGCUUUGUGUUUUGGUAAGUGAUGCUAGGUUUUUAUUCUUUCUCUCAGUGAUGCAGUGUAUGCAUUUUGUCUUACCAUUUUUGUAUUUUAGGAAAAAGAUGGGACUUUGAGUUUCUGCCUCUGACUGACGGCCAUUCCGACACAUGUUUUAUUUCUCCUGCCCCGUCAAACUUUUUAGGAAAUGUUUCCAAAGGUGUGGAGCAGCUAUUGUUUCCAGCUUGCAAACAUUUUUUGGUAUUAAAACUAUUCACUUCUUUUAGCCGGAAGUAUUCUUGGUGGGGAACAAGUAGACAAAGUUCUUGGAAAUCAUUUACACCCAUUUAAGAGUUAAGAGAAUGUGUGAGUAGAAACAGUGUUAUGUAUGUAUAUGUGUGUGUGCGUGUGUGUAUUGAAGAGGAUUAAAAUAGAAACUAUUAGAAAUGGUGCCAUAUAGUGCGACAUGCCUAGAAUAUUCAACCUAUAUUUCACAAUAAUCAAAUUGUUCUUAGGUAGGUCUGAAGCACUACACCAUUAGAUCACUGCUAACUGUGGACAUGUUAGAAAACAUGAUAUUGUUAAACUCCAUUUGUGAAUUAUAGCACUACUGAAGCAAAGCACUAAUUCAAAACCGUUUGUAAAGAUAAAUGACCUUUUUCAUUGCUGGCUGUUUUACCUCAAGGUUCCAGGCUAACACACCAAUAUCACUGUUUCAGACAUGCUUUUAUAUGUUGCCUCAGUCACCUCAGUUAAAUAAUCUGUUUUGUAAAUGUUAUUUUUGUGAUUUUGGUUCUUGUUUUGUAUUCUUAAGAAAGACCAAAAAUAAAAACAAAUAUAAGAAUAA